GUUUUAGUGUGAGUUUUGCUCGGCCGGCGGUUGCGCGUGGUUUCUAAAUUUGGUGCGUCGCCACCACGAAGAUGGCGGAUGCAGAGCAUCGAACAAAGGAGGAUUCAACGUCGGCGUCUAAAGAAACGAUGGUGAAAGAAGAAAAACGUGAGAACAGUUUAACAAAUGGUGGCAAGGGUUCGGGGGACGAUGCAGACAGUCUCGAGGAAUUGCCAUUAGAUAUUGGAGAGCAUUAUUUAGUACGAAGAUCCGAUGAUUCUUGGCAUCCUGCCGAAAUUAUUCAAACCCGUUAUAAUGAAGGGGAAAGUCAUUAUGAAUAUUACGUUCACUAUGAAGGUUACAACAGACGAUUGGAUGAAUGGGUUCCUAGAGAUAGAAUUAUGUCCAGUAGAUUUGACAUGAGCGAUCGUUCAUGGAAAAAUAGCGAUAGAAAUCCAGCGACUGAUUUACUAGCAGAUUCUACAGAUCGAAAAAUUACGAGAAAUCAAAAAAGAAGACACGAUGAAAUUAAUCAUAUACAAAAGACUUAUGCAGAAAUGGAUCCAACUACUGCGGCACUGGAAAAAGAACACGAGGCCAUCACCAAAGUUAAAUAUAUCGAUAAAAUACAAAUAGGUAAAUAUGAAAUUGACACCUGGUACUUCAGUCCUUAUCCGGAAGAAUAUGGCAAGCAACCAAAACUUUGGAUUUGCGAAUACUGCCUCAAGUAUAUGCGCUUGGAAAAGACCUACCGUUAUCAUAUGAGCGAAUGUAUACACAGACAGCCAGUUGGAAAAGAAAUUUACCGCAAAGGAACACUGAGUAUUUGGGAAGUGGACGGAAGAGAGCACAAGAUUUAUUGUCAAAAUUUGUGUCUACUCGCAAAAUUAUUUUUGGAUCACAAAACAUUGUACUUUGACGUGGAACCAUUUCUUUUCUACAUAUUGUGUGAAGUCGAUAAACACGGAGCACAUAUUGUCGGAUACUUUUCCAAAGAGAAAGAAUCACCGGACGGCAAUAAUGUCGCUUGCAUUUUAACUCUGCCACCAUUUCAACGUCAGGGCUAUGGAAAAUUAUUAAUUGCCUUCAGUUAUGAAUUGAGUAGAAUUGAACAAGCCGUUGGCAGUCCCGAGAAACCAUUGAGCGAUUUAGGAAAACUCUCUUAUCGAAGCUAUUGGAGUUGGAUUCUAUUGGAGAUUCUCCGUGAUUUUAGAGGAACACUCAGCAUUAAAGAUUUAAGUCACAUGACGAGCAUAUCGCAAACGGACAUAAUAUCAACACUUCAAAGUAUGAAUAUGGUGAAAUAUUGGAAAGGACAGCAUGUUAUUUGUGUAACGCCGAAACUCGUGGAGGAACACAUGAGGAGUAGUCAAUACAAAAGGCCAAGAUUGACAGUUGACAGUAGUGCUUUACGGUGGGGAGCGCCAUUGCGAAAAAAUAUUAAACCAGGAAAAAAAUAGCGUGAAAAUCAAAACCAGGAUUUUUAUUCUCAAAUUUACAAAUUAAGCGUGCCUAGCGGACGAAUAUCUUUGGCCAGAUAAUCGUGAGAAAAUCUCAAAAAUCCAUUAGUGCUCGCUUUAAUCAAUUUUUCGCUGUCUCUCUUCGUGCCCGGUGAAAAGAAAAAGAAAAUCAUCUCUUUCGGACGAAAAAAAAAAGAAAAAUUCUUGAAAGAAUUUCAAACAGCGUUUUACGUGCGAGGCUUUGUUUUCCUUUUUUUGAUCUUUCAAUAGAACAAAAAUUUCCACAAACGCUUCUUUUAAAGUCACGUAUUAUAAAUAUCUGUGCUUUGUGAACAUUGUUUAAUUCACAGAUUCUCAAUUUAUUUUUCUCUAUUGACUAAACUUCUGCGAAUCAUUUAAUUUCCGACCAAAAAUGAAAAAUAAAAAACCAGUUGUAAAAUCACGCGCGAUUAUUGCGCAUCGCUCGUGGUAAAAUUUACAGAUGGACGACUUUCUCACCCAGUAUUACUGCGCAGUAGUGAUUUUCUUGUAUAAAUUCAGAGUGAAACAUGUUUUUUUUUGUCAAUAAAAAAAAUGUCUGUCUUUUAGAAA